CAGGCUCGGUUGAGGAGUGCGGUUGGAGCGCUGGAGGGUCGCGGCCGUGAUGAUCUGACAGAUGAAAUAGCGAAAAAAGAAAGAGAAGGCGGGCGUCCUCCCAACAAAACCAUGUUCCCUAAAGGCAAAGGCACCCCGGUGCCGUCGGACGGCCAAGCGAGAGAAAAGUUGGCUCUAUACGUCUAUGAAUAUUUGUUACACAUAGGAGCACAGAAGUCUGCACAGACGUUUUUGUCAGAGAUCCGAUGGGAGAAGAACAUAACACUCGGAGAACCCCCUGGAUUUCUACAUUCCUGGUGGUGUGUAUUCUGGGAUCUUUAUUGCGCUGCACCAGAGAGAAGAGAGACUUGUGACCACUCCAGCGAAGCGAAGGCCUUCCAUGAUUACAGUGCAGCAGCAGCCCCAAGUCCUGUGAUGGGGGGUAUGCCCCCUGGUGAGGGCAUGCCAGGAGGACCCAUGCCACCAGGUUUCUUCCAGUCCUUCAUGUCACCUCGUUUUGCUGGCGGCCCAAGAGGUCCCCCAAUCAGGAUGGGCAACCAGCCCCCCGGUGGCGGACCGGGUCCUCAUCCCAUGCUGCCCACCAUGGACCCCACACGACCACAAGGCCAUCCUAACUUGGGGCCGAUGCAGAGAAUGAGCGGCCCUCGAGGGAUGGGACCCAUGGGGCCAGGCCCUCAGAACUUUGGAGGUGGAAUGAGGCCUCCACACAAUGCCAUGGGUCCCGGUAUGCCAGGAGUCAACAUGGGCCCAGGUACCGGUCGGCCAUGGCCCAAUCCCAACAACGCCAACUCUAUGCCUUACUCAUCACCCUCUCCUGGUGCAUAUGGGGGGACAUCUGGAGGAGGGGGACCCCCAGGGACCCCUAUAAUGCCCAGCCCUGCAGACUCCAAUAACUCUGGCGACAACUUGUAUACCAUGAUCAACACUGGACCUGGCAACCGGAAUAAUUUUCCUAUGGGCCCUGGCUCAGAUGGGCCCCUGGGGGCCAUGGCCGGGAUGGAACCACACCACAUGAAUGGAUCACUAGGCUCUGGUGAUAUGGAUGGACUGAACAAGAAUUCUCCUAACAAUUUAAGUGGCAUUAGCAAUCCUCCAGGGACACCGAGGGAUGACGGGGAGCUGAGUGGAAACUUCCUGCACUCCUUUCAGAGCGAGAAUUACUCCCCUACCAUGACGAUGAGUGUGUGACCCCCCUCCUCCCCCACUGCCUCCACCCAUUAUUUGCCAUCAUUCCGAGGAUCUGAACUCACUAUCGGACACAGCCAAACACAUCAGCACCGAAAUCAGGGACAGCCGCCAUUUUGGUUCCACGUAAACGCCAGAAUGCUGUUCGGGGGGGAGGGGGGGUGGCUGGCGACUUUACUGCUCCUUGCUGAAAAUGAAGGAUGAUUUCUCUCCAUUAACCACGGCCCCCCCCUCCUCCCAGGUGUGACAAAACCAGCUACUGAAAUGCAUACAUGACACGUUUUAAGUUCUUUGCAGUUUUCCCUCCCGAAAGCAAAGAAAAAAAAUGGUUUACCUCUUGUACUUUUUAAAUAUUGCUUUGUGGUGCAAGACGUGCAGAAAAUGUCUCCGCUUUUGUCACUUAAAACACUGGAGAGUGUGCAUAUGCAUUGUGAACUAGGAAAAAAACUCUUUGUCUUGUCAUUUUACUUAUAGCCACACUUUUGUGUCACAAAAGUCAGCGGACAUAGGAUUUGCCUAUACCCUGUGGCCACCUUUAUGAAAUAUACAAUAUUCUUCCCAGUGCCCGACCCCAACUAUUUAAACAUGUUUUCGAGGGGAAAUGAUGAGAAAUAUUACCGGUUUUCUUGUGAGGAUCUUUCACAGUUUGUCAAGUGCUCAGAUGGAUUUUGAAGAGGCAUAUCAAUCCGAUCAAUUCCCAUCUCUUGUUGUCUAGAAUAACUCUGUUCUGCACUCUUUGGCUGUUUCUUCACAUUUUUAAAACGGCGGGACUGCUGUUCUGCUACGUCAAGGGAAACCAAACGUAGGAAAGCGAGUGCAUGAAUGCUGAGAAUCUGUGUACAACAUACUACCUAGUGCUGCUCUUCUCUAUGUGGACACCUGCUUUAAGACAUGUUGGUGUAUAUCUCUUUACCUGCUCGUGCUUAACACUCUGUGCUCCUCAUCGUCGUAGCCUUCUGUGUUUAUAUCCAGAUUUGGUUGAUUAUGAUGAAAUGGCUGUUGAAUGAGUCAGUCACCCAUUGUAAUCCCUCAUGCAUAUUGGUCGUUUCAUAUUUUCCCUCUUAUUGGUUGUUUCCAUCUGCCCCGCCCACCUCCUCCCCAUUUUUUAGAUAUUUUAUACAAUCUUUGACUACGUAUAUUGCCCCCCCCCCAGUUAUUCAGAGUUAGUCAAAGCUUUCUAAACUGAUUCUAGUAGGCAUUAUUAUAAACUUAGCAGCAGUCUUGUAAAUGUGAUGAGAAUUUUUUUUUCAUUUUUAUUUUCUGUGAGCAUUAAGCAUUAUACACAUCUGUCCUAUGUUGCCUUUAUUUGCUGAUAUUUUUUUAUUUCAAAUUGAGGAAAGAUUGCUUGUUAAUAUAAUUUUACAAUAACUUA